GCGGGUGUCCCGAUAACGUGGAAGAUGCCCUCGAACGGCUCUUCCUGGUGCAAAUAAUUAAGGGGGCCCGCGAUGGCCCCCCUUCAGGUGGCCGCCGAUGCGCUCCGUUAUCAUUAUGGAGGCCGUUGCCAGUUCUACUACGAUUUUAGAUGGGGAUUUGGAGGAGAAAACCACGUCAGGAAUAGAGGAAGAAGAGGAAGAGGAGGUGAAGGUAAAAGGAAAUGCAGAUUCGACCUUCACCAGUGUGAAACAAGAACCUGGAUCGAACCCGGACAGUCCUUUGGAUGCGUCCAGUCCCAGUCCGACAGCAAUAAUAAAAGAACAAAGUCAAUACGCAGCCGCAGACUCCAAUAGUCCAGCAACCACCAAAACCUUUGUACCUUGUAAAGUGUGCGGCGACAAGGCUUCCGGGUACCAUUACGGAGUCACUUCUUGCGAAGGCUGCAAAGGUUUUUUCAGAAGAAGCAUUCAAAAACAAAUCGAGUAUAGGUGCCUCAGAGACGGCAAAUGUCUAGUAAUAAGACUAAACCGCAAUCGAUGUCAGUAUUGUCGAUUCAAGAAAUGUUUAGCUGUAGGAAUGUCUAGGGAUUCUGUCCGAUACGGACGCGUCCCGAAACGAUCCAGAGAACGUAGCGUCGAAGACAAUCCAACAAACGUUGCAAGUCCAACCACCGAAGCGAUGUCGCCAACUUCAGCAACAACUCAAACCCCACCUGAAACCGAUAGCAAACAACACUAUGAUAUUAUUUUAGGAAUUUCCCAAGCCCAUCACGCUAACUGCAACUACACAGAAGAGCGGAUGCGUAAUAUUGCGAAGCGCAGCCUGGUACCGCCUCCUCAUGAUCCGGACGACGAUCCCGAAGAAAACAUGGUCGAGUCUUCGACGCAAGAAUCAACCGAAAACCCUAGGGGGUGGUUUUGGCAACAGUUUGCCGCCUCGAUUACUCCUAGUGUUCAAAGGGUUGUAGAGUUUGCCAAACGAAUACCGGGUUUUGGGGAUUUAGGGCAAGACGAUCAAUUGAUUUUGAUUAAGUUGGGGUUUUUUGAAGUGUGGCUCAGUCAUAUUGCGCGCUUCACUACUGCGCAAGGGAUGGUUUUCGAUGAUGGGACUCAGGUUACUAAGCAGGAAUUGGAAAUCAUGUACGAUGCCGAAUUCAUUUCGUCAGUGGUUCAGUUUGCCAAUACAUUCAACGCAAUGGCUCUUAAUGAUACCGAAGUAGGGCUGUUUUCUGCCAUUGUGCUAUUGACUGCUGAUAGGCCUGGAGUGACAGAUGUUAAGUCCAUAGAGCAUCACAAAGAUAAGCUUAUUGAUGCCCUUAAAGUACAGAUCAAUCGGAAUCACGCCCAAGAACCUCAAACAUUCUCGAAUCUACUGAUCAAACUGCUCGAACUGAGAAAUUUAGGGCUGAAACACAACCACCACUUGGACUGGUUCAGAGAAAACUGGCAAAAACUGGCUCUGCCUCCGUUGUUUGCCGAAAUCUUCGACAUUCCCAAAUCCGAAGACGAUGUUUAGUGAUAAUAAAAAUGAAAUUUUUUGGAGCGUUUUGACAAAUCUUACAAGGUGUAUGUACAGACUAUACUACUAAGCUUAAGCGUAUUUGAUCUGCUCAAAAAAAUUGAAAAACAAGACACAAGAAUAAACGGAAAAAACUAUAGAAUUAAUGGAGAAAAAGACAGGGUCCCACAGAGAUGUUUUUCAAUAAUUAUUUUUGUUAUAAUUAAGAUUAUUUAGAAUUAUUUCGUAUAUAGUGCGGUAAAGAAGACAAACGCUAUUGAAAUACAUAUCAAAUAAAUGUGAAACAGUUUUUCUUUGCGAGGUAAUUGUGACUCUGUUUUAGGAGUUUUUAUUUAUUUUCUAUAUUGAGUGCUCAAUUUGGUGUGCGGUAAUAACAAACCAUAAUUUGAUAUUAGUAUAUAAAGUAGGAACACUAGGAACCCUCCCCCCAGUACCUUAUUUAAAUAAUUAAUCUUGUAUAUAAUAGUGUCGCUCUCUUUAAAUACAUAAUUGCUUUAAUUAGAUUUAAAAUUGUUUGUGGAAAAAUCAUAUCAUAAGUUUGUCAAUCAAAUAUUGUUGGUGAGCAAUAAAAGGAUUUUUUAGAUUUUGCUAUCCCCCAACAAGGCCAAUACCUACUACAUACUACAGGGUGUUUUCUAAUUAUUAAUAGUUAGAAAAACACCUUGUAUAAUAAAAGUAUGUCUAUUAUAAUCAUCUCUAUAUAAAAAUCGAUGGCAAUAUAUAAUACAUAUAAAUAAAUAUGAUUAUGGCAUUUUGACAUUUUUAUAUAUGUGCUCAAAAUAUGGCGGCAUUUUUACGACAAUUAUUAUUAUGACAUACAUAUACAGGGUGUCUAAAAGGUUUGUACAAAAUCUUUUGUACAGAGCUUUCAGAGAAACCCUGUAUAAUAGCGAAUAUUAGGUAUAUAAGACUAUAAACUACAUAUUACAUGUUAACUAUUCAAAUAUUGUUAUUGCUCUUUUUGUUUAUUAUAUAUUUGAAUUUUACUUAUAUAAUAUAAUGUCAAACAUUUAAAUUAUUUAUAAUAAGUACUGCUACGAUCAAGUACCUAUAUAUUUUUUUCAUAUAAGUAUAUCGCACUUGCUACUACAAAAUGUAGUAGAGUGAGAUGGUUUCUUCUGCAUCAUAGGUUUUACCCCGUGGGUGCGAAAGAGACAACACUAGAUGGGUUCGCAUAUUCAGCGCGGAGUUGGAGUGGAGUGAACAGAGAUAAUGGAGUCACUCGGAGUGCACUGAGUGAGCAAGCCGAACCCACCUACUAUACAGUGACAUUUCACCGUGAUUUCCAACUUCUACUUACACUUCGCCAAAAUUCUAUUUUCACUGUGUUUAGCGAAGUGGAAGUCAAAGUUGGAAAUCAGGUUGAACAAGAAGUGGAAGAAAUCGAGCGAAAAUGCCAGACAUUUUGCUUUCUCUCUCACACCCGCAGAGCCAAUGUAUAGUCUCUCUCGCACCCACGAGGUGGAACCUAUGAUGUAGAAGAAAUCAUCUUACUCUACUGAAUUUAUUUUUUAAUAAAUAAUUAUUAUUAGAUUUUAUUAUAAAUAAUUAUUUUUUCUUUAGGUAUUUUUGUUGUUUUUUUUUUUUUUUUCAAUUUACUAUUUGGAUUUGAAUUGUGUAUAAAUAAAAAAUAAAAAUACAAUUUGUCUUUGUAAGUACUUUUUUAGGGGUUGUUCUUAUUGUUUC